AUGGAAAACAACAAUAUUCAACCAUGCCAUGAUGACCUUGAUCGUAGAGAAGCCAACAACCCUCCAAAGAUGUUAAACUUGGAGGUGGAAGGACAGAGAGAGGGUUUUGACUAUGCAAAGAGACCAAAAUGGCUUAGAGCUGCUGUUUUGGGUGCCAAUGAUGGUUUUGUCUCAACAACAUCCCUCAUGAUGGGAGUUGGAGGUGUGAGGAAAGAUGUUAAGAGUAUGCUGCUGACUGGGGUUGCAGGGAUGGUGGCUGGAGUAUGCAGCUUGGCCAUUGGAGACUUUGUUUUUGUUUACUCACAAUAUGCUAUUGGUAUAGGGGUGCAACUACUUGGUGCUGCCUUUUUCAAUACCUAUAAGGCAAGGUUAGGGGUGGUGGUAGCUGUUGUCACCCUUGCUUUGAUCAUCUUUGGAGAUUUGGGGGCCUUUUUAGGGAAAGCACCCAGGGUUAAGUCCACUUUGAGGGUUUUGAUUGGAGGGUUGUUGGCCAUGGCUAUUACUUUUUCUUUAACUAAUGUUGUUGGAUCAAGUGGCCUUUGA